UGUUUUAGUUUUUUGUUUUUUUUUCCUUCAUAAUAUUGACCGAGAGCUAAAAUAUAACCAGUAAAAAGUUUAUUGAGUUAAAUUAAAAAUCAUCAGAAAGAUCAGUUGGUUCUGGCCUCUCGUUCGUUGUAGACAUCCAAAACUAAUCCAAUAAAAUGGCUGAUGAUAAGAAGAAGGUUAAGAAGAAGAAGCCAAAGGAAGAGGGAGGCGCUUCUGAAACCGCAUCUGAAGCUGCAUCUGAAGCAGCAACCCCAGCACCAGCCGCCACACCAGCUCCUGCAUCAACAACUGGUUCACAACGUGGUUCACAAAAAUCUGGAUCACGUGGCUCAAGACGUUCCAAGAAACAAGGAUCCAGCGUCUUCUCUGUUUUCUCACAAAAACAAGUUGCUGAAUUCAAAGAAGCCUUCUCACUCAUGGAUCAUGAUAAGGAUGGUAUUAUCGGCAAGAACGAUUUACGUGCCACAUUCGAUUCAUUAGGUAAAUUAGCUUCCGAUAAGGAAUUGGAUUCAAUGCUCAGUGAAGCACCUGGUCCAAUCAAUUUCACACAAUUAUUAUCACUUUUUGCCAAUCGUAUGGCUGGUUCUGGUGCAACUGAUGAUGAUGAAGUUGUAAUUGCCGCUUUUAAAACAUUCGAUAAUAAUGGCUUAAUUGAUGGAGACAAAUUCCGUGAAAUGUUAAUGAAUUAUGGUGAUAAAUUCACAUCACAAGAAGUUGACGAUGCCUAUGACCAAAUGGUUAUCGAUGAUAAAAAUCAAAUCGAUACACAAGAACUUAUCGCUUUGUUGACAGGCAAGGAAGAAGAAGAAGGAGAAGAAGGAGCUGCAUAAGUUUAACAAGAGAAAAAAAAAAUACAGUUAUUUUAUCAUGUAUAUUUAUAUAUGAGAAAAAAAAAACAAAAAAAAUGUUUAUAAUAAUAUUUAAAAAGAAAAAAAUUUAAUAUAAAUAUAAAUAAUGAAAUAUUUUUUAUUUUUAAAAAAACAAUAUGAAAAAAGGAAAAAUAUGAUAAAAAAAAGUAAAAAAUAACAAAAAAAAUUUAUGUUUUUAUUUGAGCUUUUUUUUUUUGUAUUAUUAAAAACAACCAAAAAAAAAAACAAAAUUUUUAUUAUGAAUUUUUUUUUAUAUUUUCUAAAAUUUUUUUUUAACAAAAAACUUGAAAGUUUGAAAAAUCUUUUUUUUAAUUAAUUAUUAAUAAAAAAAACACACUUCUAAUCAUCACCAUCGCAUUGGAAACACACAUGAAAAUUAUUUAUCAUUAAAGAAAAUUAAUUUAAGACAAAAACAUUUACAGCAACAACAACAACAAUAAUAAUAACAAAAAAAAAAACAACAAGAAGAAAUGACAACAACAAUUAGAUUUUAGAGAAAGUUGUAAAACAAAUUUUUAUUUUAAUGUAAAAAAAUUAUAAAACAAUCAAACCAUCAAACAAAAAUAUCUUAAACAUCGAACUGUCAAACAUAAAAAUAAUAGCAUUGAAAGCAAAAUUAUGUUUGAUAUCAAAAAAGAAUUCAUUUAACAAAACAACAAGAACAACUAGAAAAUAUCAAAAAUUGUAAAAUAAUAUUUAAAGCAAACAAAAUAUAAAAUAAAAAACAUCUUUACAACAUGAAAAAAUUUAAUUAAAAAUAAUUUCAAAUUUAUAUAUUUCAUUCGUAUAUAUAUACAUAUAUGUAUAUAUAUGUAUAUAUGGCAAACAAAAAUUUAAAAUAAAUUAUCAAGUUGCAACAAAUAUGGAAAACCAAAAAAAAAAAAUUGGAAAAUAAAUAUGGCAAACCAAUAAUUUUGGAAGAGCAAAAGAAAUGAAAUCAAAAAGAAUGUGUGUGUACAAUAAUCAAGGUUUUAUAUACAGCACAUAUUAUAUACUAAAACAAAUCUUUAUUGUAUAUAACAAUAUAGAAAUUUUUGUAUAUAAAAAGAACACACUUUUGUAUAUUUUAACGAUUUGUGAGGUCAAGAGACAGCGUUUUCUUUUUUAUUUGUUUUUUUUUUUCUGCUUAUGUUUUUAUACGACAAACAUAUACGAACAUACAUAUUGUAUUAAAUUUGUCUUUUCUUUAAACUUUU